GACAACCAUUUUACUUUCUAACUUUCCUUGCUAAACAGAUAUAGUUUGAGGACAGCGUAAGAAGAACAACACCAACAUUAUGACAUCUCUUCACAAAAUCUGUCACUCGCCAAUAUCACAGAGCACUAUUAUGACAAGUUGUAUGAUCAUCAUUGCUGUUCUGAUCAGGUCUUCCCUAAGUCAGUUCGUGUGUCCGGAAAUGUUUGGAAUGUUUCAGCAUCCGGACAACUGUGAUAUGUUCUAUGUUUGCAACUACGGCAUACCUUAUCAACGUACCUGUCCAACCGGUCUUCUGUUUGAUAUCAACCUUGGAGUUUGCCGGCAUUCCGUACAGGUGCACUGCUUUAACGAGACUCAUCAACUCACAGCAGGGUUUACGUGUCCCACCCCAAUUGGGAUAUAUACCGACCCAACGUCUUGUGAGCAUUUUUACUUGUGUGCUAACGGAAGGGGUUUUCGUCAGAAAUGUCCAUUUGGCUUGAUAUUCGACGGUGUCGUGUGUAACUGGAAAAAAGACAACAGUUGUACUCCGACUUGGAAGAGUAGUUUGCGGGAUGGAAUCAAUAUUGAUACGAAACCGAACGAUCCUAGUCGUAGAUCACGAGUUGUGUCGCCGAAAAAGAGCUCGGAGAAGCUAGUUCCAUCGACUACAGACGAACAUCAGCGAAAUCAGGAUGGUGUUAGUUUGCUAACGAGUACGGAGGGAAACCGAAUAACUGAUGAGUUUGAGAGGAAUAGAAAGCAGAUGCGUAAUAAGUCAGAUCAAAGUACUGAAAUGGGGAAUUUAACAGAAAAUAAUCAGGUACAACAGCAACGAAAAGGAAACUCUAAUUUGGAACGGUCUAGAGAGGAAGAAAAAACAGUAAUAGGAAAGGCAAAAGUUAAAAAUGUAGAAAAAGCAGAAGAGGAAGGGAAGGAAAAUAAUGAAAACGAUGGGAAUAAAGCAAGAGGUAGAUAUUUAAAAGAAUAUCUGGCGAGAGAGGAAAAGCGACGAAAGUUUUUGAAAGAGUUGGAAAAGAAGAGAUCAGAACUGUGGGAGAGACAGCAGCAAUUGAGGAGAAAACUACUGAGGCAGCAUCAACUGCAACAGAGAAAAUUAUUCAUUCUGAGACAGAAACAGCAGCAGCAACUAUUGCAGCAACGACAACAACUACAGCAAUUGCAAGAAAAGAAGGAAGACCAACAACAACAACAUCAAAACGGAUCAGUUCCACAAUUUCAGCAACACGAAGGACACAAACAACACCAAGAUCAACAACAACAACCACAACAAAAAGAAGAAGAAGAACAACAACAACAACUGCAAAAAGAACAACAACAACUGCAAAAAGAACAACAACAACUGCAAAAAGAACAACAAUUGCUCGAAAAUGAAGAACAUCAGCGGCAGCAGCAUCAACAGGAAAAACAAGAACAAAGCACAGCGAGGGAUAGAAAUCUGAAAGCCAAUGAGAUCAGGGAUAUCUGGAGUGAAUCUGACCAAAGUAACAGUUCAAAGACAGCGUGGAAACCGAAUUCCAGCAAAGGGCGUAGCCACUCAGAAAAGGGUUUGUAUCCUUCUCUCUUUCAUUCAUCUGUCAGCAAUCAGAUUUUCCUCGUGAACCACCGAAUUAAACCAAACUACACAAACGACAAUAUGGACGACGGCGCUAUCGUCAAAGACAGCCAAAGCAGCAACAGUAAUGCCAGCGAAAGCAACAAUAAUAACAUUAAUAGCAACGGUUUUAACAAGGCUGUAACUUCAGGAAACGCCAGAUAGAAAGAAAAAAAAAAUAAUGAAAAGAAACUCCCAUGCGCGCACACACAGAGACACAGUCUCUCUCUCUCUCCCUGUCUCUCUCUCCUUGUCUCUCUCUCACAUACACGCACACAAACACAAACACACACAAUGUGAAUUCAAUAUCCUACAAUUAAGAAACGACAUAUCUUAUCUGAUUUACAUCUUCUACAAUUUCAUCUGAGGAAGUGACAUUUGUAAAUAGCGGAAAAUAAGGGUAACAACAACAACAACAACAACAACAAUAGCAGCAACAUUAAAGAACAACAGCUGUGCGGACUAAAGUUCCAGUUAUUUUAACAUUGAAUACACAACAGUGCUUCGAUUAUUGCAUAAAUAUACCAAUAUACGAACUCAUGUUAGUACAAUUCGCAAUUAUUGUAGUAACUUAUUUAUUCCUGUGACCAGAAGAAUGAUUAAAAAAAAAGAAAGACAACAAAUAAUAAAAUAAAAAACAAACAAACUGUGAACCAUUAAACAGAAAUAUUAAUUUGCUGUUUACACAUAAUCUAUGUAAAUUUAUAAUAUAUUUUGUAUAUAACCAAAAAUGGCAUUCCAGUUCUUUCUGUUCUGGAGAAUGAUUAACCAGCUCUUCGAGAAUAUUGUUUCCAUAAAAUAGCUUUGUCAUUUUCCUGUUGUAAUAAAAUACUGAAAAUAUUUUAUACGACCACCAUUUUAAAACAAGUGUUUCUUUUGUCUUUAUACAAUACGGCAUCUGAAUGUUAUAGACCAUAGAGUUCUUUGAGUGAACUAUUUGAAAUAUAAUUCUGUGGAAUAUGAACCUAAAUUGCAGUAAGUUUUCAUUUGCAUUCUGCAAAAAUGGAAUUUCAUUUCGAUUUUUCUCAAAGUUUCGAGAUCCCCACUUAUGCUCUUUCGAGCUUAUUGCCUUUCACUUCUCUUUUUCUGAAAAAAUAUUUAUUCUAUUUCUAUUGUAGAAUAUAUUUUAAAUAACAUUAUGAAAUAAGCUCGUGCCUGGGGUUUUGAUUAUCGAAUUAAUCACUUCACUUUACUCAGAGCAACAGGAGUAAAUUUUUGCUCUCAAACAAGAAAUUAAUGUUGUAAAUUUUGACACAACAAACUUUUAUACAAAUUUUCUUGCUACCAAUUAUUUGAUAUUUGAUCCAAAUCCUUAAAUUAAUGCUUAGUUCUC